AUGGUACCGAGAUGUCAUAUCGGCAUCGGGAAAAUGCUAUGACCCCAAAUGGGAAGUCAGAUGUGAUUCUUCUUUGGUUUUAAGCCUGUCAUGAUUUUUCAGACUGAAAAGUAAAGCUUCUGCAGCUGGACCUUUCUACUUUGUUUGCAGCAUGUUCCAGUUCCAUUUUGCAAGGCUACAGCAUUCGUUCAAUUUUUCUUUCGUCUCGACGUACUUGUGUUCCACCGCGAAAAUGCUUUUUCAACUAUUCAAUUCGAAGCUGGUCAUUCUUACUUUGCAGCUGACGUUUGUUCUUUCGUUCUCUUGUCUUUGAAAUUCUUGCUGGGUGCGAGUGCGAAGUGCCUGUUUUGAUUCUUAUUGGACGUCAAAAAAAGUCAAAUGAAAUCUUCAUUUCGUGGCUGGUUCUUUCAAUCGCUAUCCGAUCUCUAACGCUCAAAUAGCAAUGCAGAACCGAUACUGAGAUCAUAUUCUUUGAAUUGUAUACAACAUCCACUUUUUUUUUCUACUUUCAGUCCAGAGCAAAAUUCAAGCAAGGUCUCCAAAAUCGAAUCUUCCAUCUCUUGUUCUUUCAUCUACGUCUUUUCUCAUUGUUCUUCGUUUCAACUUCUUUGACCCGGUCGCUUCAUCUCUUUAUCAACUCUUGUCAGUCCGCUGCUUUGUGCUCCUUGUAGAAAGAAAAAACUCAAGAUCUCCGAUUUCUCGGUCGUAAUCGCGCAGCUUCUCUUCAUUUCUAUCUUCGUGUAUCUCAUCCUGUAUCUAAUCUUUCAUUCUUCAACAAGCUUAGCCAUCUAUUCUUGCGCUAUCUUCUAGUCAACAACAUCUUCCACCCGUACUUGUUCUCUAGUCUUCUUGUGAAGGUUGAAUCUUUCUCGUCCUCUCUUUCUCCAUCUUUGCGUUGUCUUGAGUCUCUCUCAUUUCUUUGUCAGAGCCCUUCCAUCUUCAUCUCUCUCCACGUCCAAAAUGUCGUCUCUCACUUCGCUCGAGUGCCUUUUCCCAAAAGACAUGUUUGGGGCCAUUAUCGGGGAAAAGGGCGCCCGCAUCAAGGAGAUUAAGGACAAUAACGGCGUGCGGAUCUCCAAUGACCGGGACAUCGUGCGUACCAACAUGCGUCGCAUCGUGAUCGACGGUGAAUGGGCUCAAAUUUGGCACGCCUUUUGUGAGAUCAUCCGUACCGUAGCGGAUGAUGAACGAUUCAAGGACCGCUUGGCGGCAGCAGCGAAGGAAGACUUAUGAACUUGAUUGCAUAUUCAUAUCUGGGUUACAACUUUAUAACUAUACUUGAAGAUUGCAUAUUUUUGAAGCUAGAUGUUGACGUAAGGAUGCAAAAUGAGAAAGCUUGAGUGGGUACAUUCAUUCAUUCAUCAAGCUAGAUUUUGACGUACUAAGGAUGCAACAUGAGAAUUCCAACGUCCUGUUUUUGUAAAUCGUUUUUAGAUGAUGUAGAGAGAAUCCACCUGACACGCACACGAGCGCAUAGUAUUCUCAUCAAUGCUCUUGCAACACUCAACAUCUGGACAUCACAAUUAUUCCUCAUUUAAAUACCUUUUCUGCAUCCACUUUCAUCCCCCGGUGACGAGAACAAAGAGUGCAAAUUUGCGGUUGAGAUUAAGAUUCCCAUCAUCAUCGCAGGAAGCCUGAUCGGUAAGAAGGGUGACAACCUCAACGAGUGGCGCAAGAAGUGGUCUGAUUGCAGUUUCGAUGUCGAUAACGACUCGAAUGAUGAUGUUUUCCGGUACAAGCAACUGCAUCAACAUCAACAUGUUCUUGUGAUCUACUGCAUCAUCUUCAUUCUUGAAUUAUCCGAAACAAAAUCCUCAAAAAUGACGUCUUGCCAGGCACAUCAAUCAAUCUAUCAAUCAUUCAAUCAUAGGAAACCACAAAAAUCCCUUCAUACUUACUCUUCUAGUAGAUACAUAGGCUUAAAUCCCUUCAUACUUACUCUUCUAGUAGAUACAUUAUACAUUAUACUUUAUACAUUCUACGCACACAUUAUACAUCAUCAGGUACUUCCGCAUGCACGGCGUACCCCAAGACAUGCUUCAGGCUGUGCCGACCAUUGCUGAAGUGUUGGAGAAUAGUUUGCAGAUCGUCAUUCGCAAGGCAGGCGGUCAGAUGCCAUCGUUGAACCGUGGAGGAGGGGGACAGAGAGGAGGACAGCAGCAACGUGGUGGACAGGGACAAGGGGGGAAUAAUAUUACGAGGACAGGAAUUGUUGACCUUGACAUUGACAACUAGAUGAACCAACUAGGGUAGGUCCUCGAGGUAGAUCAUGUGUUACUUGUUGUAGUUGGCUUUUCUUAGUUGUUCCUCGUUUUGCAGAAACUACCUUCUUUAGCUUUACAGAGAGAACAAGGAAACCAAAUAAUUUUGUGGAAUCACAAUCCUCGAUAGUAUAUUUUGGCUCCUCUCUAAGUUCCCCGGCAAACGCGGUCGCGCUGACGAAAAUAUGAUGGACCAUCAGAGCUACAUGGGUGGCAACGGUAACUUGGACGGCGUCUUGAAUCCGUUUGGCGGACUCAACAGUAUCGGAGCACUUCCUGGUGCGAAUGCGGGGCAGAACUACCCUAAUAUCGGAGCUCCACCGGGCAUCAACCCCAUGAUGGGAGGACAGGGGGUGCAACAGCUUGGCGGAGACAACAAGCGGAGGAGAGUAGAGAGUGGUCCUAUACCAGGUGCAGCAGCACAAGGGGGACUCACACCUGUUGCGGGUACUGCCACUUAUACUUAAUUAGAAUAUGCUUCUUUCAGUUUCACGUUCACCAAGUAGAAACGCCAACCAGGUUGAAAAUACCACGUAAGGAGUAAGUAUAUUUCACUCGAGGACGAAUAACAACACCAUUAGCAUUAGUUUUAACUGAACGUGAAUCUACCUCAACUUCUUCUAGCAUACAACCUUCAAAACCACCACGCAGGUAUCGAAUGCACUUGCACUGUUAACGUGGAGGAACAGACUAUUGGUAAGAUUAUCGGCUCUGGCGGUAAUGUCAUCAAGGCGAUUCGCCAAGCCAGUGCGUGUACGAUCACGACUGACAAGUCCGGCGAUCGCCCAGAUGGAAAGAGGGAAGUCCAAGUACGAGGCGUCGUGCCGAAUGUGCUGGUCGCACUGCAAAUGAUUCAAACAAUCUUGUUGGGUGGGAUGCAUGUGCCAUGAGUACUAUGUUGAUCAACAUUCGCUGGAACUGAGGAAGCGCAGUUGCUGGUCUAACGGAGAAAUGAGAAACGAUGCUUCAGAAGAAAAAGGUCGCGUUUUGCUUCCGAUCAUAUCCUAGAAGGAGGGUGCAGCACGGCUUUGCCUUCACAAGGACCUAUGAUGAUUUGUCUGAUAGGCAGCAAAAUGAUGAAAAGAAGAUCAUAAAGAUGACAAAAUCUAAUAAGUACAACAAAGACCGCUACGUCUACGCCCCCAACUACUCCUGGUAGAGAUUUGUCCCCAAGAUUCUACUACUGCUUAUCAGCAUGAUGAACCAAAAAACGAUGAACUAAAAAUUUGAAAGACACCAACAUGUACAAGUACAUUGUCGUGAUUCAAUAUCCUCG